CGGCAUGCUUAUCUCCAUCCCAUCCAGCCCACGUGAUGCAGCGCCCGGACGGCGAAGGCGACACCUCCCCCGACCGGGGUACGUCGUCGAAGCCCGUCAAGCGACGCGCCGCCCAGGCCUGUGAGAGCUGCCGCGCACGCAAGAUCCGCUGCAACGUCGCACAGGACGGCGUGCCUUGUGUGCACUGUCGCCUCGACGGCACCGAGUGUGUGGUGGGCGAGAAUAAGCGCAAAAGGAGGCGGGUUCAUAUCGAAUCAUCAGCGGGCCACGAUGAAAAUGCUCCGGCCACGUCCGCCACCUCGUCCCGGCCCCAAGACACUACUCCAGGAACCGAGUUUGGCUCCUACUGGCCCACCAACAACCUGCUUCCACAGCAUGUAAACUCGGCGAACGCAUCCACCGCACCGCCUACUGGCCUCCAGGAAUCUUACAUCCCGCCGGGUUCAGGGGGUGCAUCGUCUUCACAACGCCUCUCCGUGCCCGGCACCGCUCCAUCGACAGUCUUGCCGGCUUGGAUCAAACCGCUACCGGAGCGAUUUGGUAACGAUGACAUUGUCUACCUUCAGAACAAAGGUGCCUUGACCAUCCCCGAGGAGCAGCUUCGUGACGAGCUUCUCCGAGCAUACGCCAAGUUCAACCAUCCUUUCAUCCCGUUAAUCGACUUGCAUCAAUUCGUCCGCACUGUGAGCCAGUACGAUGGCUCGCAGCCCGUCAGCUUGUUGCUAUUCCAGGCCAUCAUGUUCACCGGCAUCGCCACCGUGGACAUGGCCUCUCUCAACGCCGCAGGCUACAAUUCGCGGCGGGAGGCGAGGCGCGCCUUCUACAAUCGCACGCGGCUACUCUACGACCUCGAUUACGAGGAUGACUCGACGGCACAGGUACAGGCGCUUUUGCUCAUGACCUUCUGGAGGGAAGAUCGAGAUGGCCGGAAGGAGACCCAUCAUUGGAUCGAAGUCGCUGUCUCACUGGCUCAAAAGAUCGGUCUACAUCGCGACCUCGAUGUCUCGCCAAAAUCAAACCCCCGGAGCCAGCAAUUGAGGAGGCGAAUCUGGUGGUCAAUCUACAUGCGCGAUAUGCAGAUUGCCCUCGGCACCGGAACAUCCACUCGAAUCAAGGACGUCGAUUUCAACGUGCCAAUGCUCCAGCCUUCCGACUUCGAAAUGGAAACGGGUUCCGAUGCUGCCUUCACCACCUUCGACUGUCCCGUGAUGCAAGAUGGGUAUCAGCAGCUCCAGCUCGCGACACUGUGCGUCGAAAUGGUGAAACUGUCGCUGUGCAUUAGCCACAUGCUCUCCCUGCGUCACGGCGGAUUGGCUUCUCAAGGUGGCCUUCAGACGGCCCGAAUGCUUUUCAAGGAGCCCCCAAGCCCAGACGACGACCACUUUGCCGCUUGCGACAACGCCUUCAGAACCUGGGAGUUGAGCCUUCCGGAGGCCGCGCGUUACAUUGCCCCUACGGAGCAAGACGUGCAGUCGGGGAAUGACUGUGUCAUCCUCAGCCGCACGUUUCUAUACUUGCUGCGCUGCGCUGCAAUCUCGUAUCUGCACAGCCCUCGCUUGUCGCAAUUGAGCAGUCUCGCCCCGAGCCCAGCCAUCCUAGCGGAGAUCCAAGUAUCGCGGAUGAACGUCAGAAACACUGCGGCCAGCAUCACCGCACUGAUGGUCUCUUUGCAAUCCCUCCGCUUGAUCCGCUUCCUCCCUUCGCCUACCAUCACCAUCCUCGUACCCGCCAUUGCGACUCAUUUGCAGGACGUUCUGGCGCCGGGCGAGUCUCUAUCUCUGAAGAGUCUUCGGGACUUUUCCCUUUGCAUGCAACUGAUGUCCACACUACGCGAGAUGUACGCAGCAGCGGAUUACUCAACUGCCUUCCUUCAGAACGCCAUCCAGCGCGCAGACUGGCGAGCAGACGCCGGUCUCGGCACAGGCGGCACCGACGAAGAGCGACAGCGCUUCGAAGAACUACCCAGCCAACGCCGAUCCUCCUUCAAAGAACGCCGCGUUUCAACACCAAGCCAAAGCGCCGGAUCGCGGCCCUUCACCACCACGUCCGGCGACGCAGAUGCAGACCACGCAGCGCAGCGCCAUAACAGUGAAGCCCUCGUGCCCGUGGGGAUGAACGACGCCCUCCACAUGGGGAACAUGUUCGGCCCCUCUCCGCCGCAGAUGUUCGAUGGGAUGGACACGGUAUCACACCGACAUUCUCUACCUAUGCCUUUGCCGAACGGCACUACGCCGAAUGCGAAUAUCGAUUUCGAUCUGGGUGCGAUGCAGGGCGAGGGGAAUGAGUUUGCGCUUGAUACUACGUGGUUGAUGGGAUUGGAUGCGCAUUCGAUGGUGAUGAUGGGGCAUGAUGGCAGUCCUGGGCUUCGGUGAUUGGAGUCCGUUUUGGAUCGAUGGUGCUUGGAGCGGAUAUGCCGGCUGGGUUGUAUCUAUUGUGUGCUGUGAUUUCCUUAUAAUACCCCGGGAGUCAUUUGCAUAUAAGGAUGAAAGUUGUGUAUCUUGUAAUUAUGGAUCUUGGCCAUUUGCUGCACCCUCUCAUAUGAGCCUCUUACGAAACGCUCAAUGCCUUGUCCACGGGAG